AUGUCCAAAAAUUUUUAUGCUCAGCAGUCAACUAAUUUUUUGAAGCUAUUCGAAAGUGGCAGGAACUUUGACCUCAUCUUAUAUGCAGGUUAUAGACAAGAUAGAAAGGAAUUCAAAGUACAUUCUCAAAUACUGUGCGCGCAAUCAAAAUAUUUCCGAGCUGCACUAUCCAGAAAAUGGCUCAAACUGAAGGGCAAUUACUAUGUUUUUGAGAAAGCCAAUGUCGAGGCCGAUGUCUUUGAAAUCAUUCUAAGAUAUCUCUAUACGGGAGAGGUGAAUAUAGAGAACUGUGAUGGAUCUCAGAUUCUUAAAUUGUUGGUUGCAUCAGACGAAAUGAAUCUGAGUAAUCUACUUCGCUUUGCGCAGAGUUAUCUUAUUGAAUCAAGAAAACCUUUCAUAGUUGAACAACCAGUCCAAGUGCUUGGAUCAAUUUUCCGACUUGAAUCGUGCAAAACGCUUAGACUCUUUUGUCUUGAUGCAAUUUGCGACGAUUGCACAAAAUUGUUCGGUUCUGACAUUUAUUUGACAUUAGAAGAAGACAUAUUUGCUCAGAUAUUGCGACAUAAUAAGUUGUGUGUGAAAGAAGUUGAAUUAUGGAAAUAUGUCUUGAAAUGGGGCGCAACCAGACAUCCAGAGCUGAAAAACCCCCCGACAGAAUGGUCGACAGACGAUGUACAUCAAAUGAAGGAGACACUGACUGUUUUAGUUGAAUCUAUUCGGUUCUUUACAAUGUCUGCAGACGAAUAUUAUGACGAAGUUAGGCCGUACAAAAAAUUGUUCUCUAAAAAAUUAAGGGAAGAAAUGUUGCAAUUUAUCAUGCUACCAUCCAGAAAACCGAACGAUAUUAUGGCGAGAGCUAGGUUUGAUUCGAGAUUAGUUGGUUAUUCUGUCAUGGCUCUUAUUGCUGGAUGGAUUGAUUCAAAGAAUGCCGCCUAUGACGAGAUUCCCUAUGAGUUUACACUUAUCUAUCGGGCAAGUCGUGAUGGAUUUGAUAAUCAAAAAUUUUGCAACAUGUGCUCCUCCAAAGGCCCAACUGUUGUAAUUGCCAAAGUUACGAAUAAUCCAAAUAUAUUCGGCGGCUAUAAUCCUUCACAUUGGAAUUCAACUGGCUCCCAAUAUUACAACUCUGCAGAUAACAGUUUCAUUUGUGAGAUGUCUGACGGAAAAUCGACCGCAGGAGCACGCAUUGGCAGAUGCGUUUCCCUCGGUGGUUGGAGUUACGACGGUUAUGGUCCGUUUUUUGGUAGCAACUUUUAUAUAAAUCAACAAACAUGGAGUUCAAAUAUAUCAGGAUGUAAUCGCUAUGGAAUUGCAUGCAGCGUUGCAAGUGGCACUCUUGAGGAAUACGAAGUUUUCACGAUAAAAAAACAAGAUUAA